CCUUCUCCCUGCGCUGCGGCGGGCGGAGGCGGCGGAAGGAGAAGCCCAUGGAGGGGAACCGGGACGAGGCCGAGAAGUGCAUCGGGAUCGCGCGGGAGGCGCUGGAGGCCGGCAACCGCGACCGCGCCCUCCGCUUCCUCGGCAAGGCCCAGAAGCUCUACCCGACCGAGACCGCCCGAGUUUUGUUGGAAGCUAUUAUGAAGAAUGGAAGUACUGCUGGGGGAGGCGCUUACUGCCGAAAACCAGCCAGUAGCAAUGAUCAAAGUAAGCCCAAUAGCACGAAGGAGAGCAAUGCAUCUGCUGCAGGUGAAAGUGGAAAAGGCUACACCAAAGACCAAAUGGAAGGAGUAUUCAGUAUAAAGAAAUGUAAAAAUUAUUACGAAGUCCUUGGGGUGUCAAAGGAUGCAGGUGAAGAAGACCUAAAGAAAGCUUAUAGAAAACUUGCUUUGAAAUUCCACCCAGACAAAAACCAUGCACCUGGAGCAACAGAGGCUUUUAAAAAAAUCGGAAAUGCGUAUGCUGUGCUGAGUAAUCCAGAAAAACGAAAGCAGUAUGACCUUACAGGCAGUGAAGAGCAAACAUGCAAUCACCCUAGCAACGGUCGAUUCAACUUCCAUAGAGGUUGUGAGGCAGAUAUUACUCCAGAGGAUCUAUUCAACAUGUUUUUUGGAGGGGCCUUUCCAACAGGUAGUGUACAUUCAUUCUCUAAUGGUCGUGCUGGCUACAGUCAUCCUAAUCAGCAUCGUCAGAGUGGACAUGAGAGGGAGGAAGAGAGGGGUGAUGGAGGUUUCUCUAUGUUCAUUCAGCUGAUGCCUAUUAUUGUGUUGAUCCUUGUUUCCUUGUUGAGCCAGUUGAUGGUAUCUAACCCUCCUUAUGCCUUAUACCCAAGAUCAAGUACGGGGCAGACCAUAAAAAUGAAGACAGAAAACUUGGGUGUCAUUUAUUAUGUCAACAAGGACUUUAGAAAUGAAUACAAAGGAGUGUCGUUACAGAAAGUGGAGAAGAGUGUGGAAGAGGAUUAUGUGUCCAACAUUCGUAAUAACUGUUGGAAGGAAAGGCAACAAAAAACAGAUUUACUUUAUGCAGCAAAAGUAUAUCGAGAUGACCGUCUCCGAAAGAAAGCAGACUCCAUGUCCAUGGACAACUGCAAAGAACUAGAGCGGCUGACCAGUCUCUAUCGAGGAGGAUGAACUACAAUUACACACUUACAUCUUUAUGUAUGCUGUUCUCUCUCUUGUACAUUAAGAAGAGAUUUAGUUUCACCAUGAAUGCUGGAAAAGAGGGGUGGAUGUAAAACUCUACUGUGUAGCUGUUUCCAGAAACCUUAUGCUGAAAUAUCAUUUAAUGGCUUCUUUACCUACUGUGAAAUAGAGGUAACUUUAAUUGUCUAGAUUUUACUUCAAAGCUUCUGUGAAUUCUUUCAGCAGAGAGAAUAGCUCAGAAAGGAUGCUAUACUUGUAGAGACUUAGUCAUAGUGGUUCUCCUCUAACAUAUUUGCCAUGUAAAUAUCUGUGGAAAGAACACUUUGUGUAUAUACGAGUUAAAUGACUUUCUAUUUAAAAUCUCAGAAAUUUAGUUCCAUACAACAUUUUGUCUCACUGAUGGAAUAAAUAGUAUGAUUACAUCACUCCUAUUCAGAUGUCAAGUGUGUGGAGUUGAAACCAGAAUUUUUAAUAUUUUAUCUCUAACUCUAUGUAAAAUCUUCUAGGUUUACCAGCUUAGAGGAACUUGGUAUUUUUAAAUAUAAUGGCAUAUAUUCCUAAAUAUCUGUUGGGGUACAUUGAUCUGGUGUAGAGUAGCAGUUAGCUGGUGUAGUUUUUUAGCGUUUCUAAGCAAUGCUGAGAAAACUAAGAACUACACUAAUCUCUUUUCAAAGUAAAUGUUUGCAAACGCUGUACAGACCAUUAUAAGCAUUGCUUUUAGUACUUGCAACAGUUUACAGCAGCUCUACCAUUUGGUAUUCCAGUAGUAGUUAAGUCCAUACGUAUGGUUAACAUGCAUCCAUAGCUUCCUUAAUUUUCACUGGAAAGGUAGAAGAAAACAUGCAAUAGUAAAAUCUUAAAGCUAAAAAAAAAAAAGCAACCUGUUUUUUUUCCUGGGAGGCUUCCAUUUUCUUACUAUUUUUUUUAUUUCAAGCUAGGUCCCAACUCUGAUUCCUCAAUGGGCACCACAAGUGGAACAGGGAAAUAUUGCUAAGGGCAAGCUAUGUGCCUUUCAACACUUUUGCCAACUACUUAAAUGCUUUGCUCAUUUGCAGUAUGCUCCUAUGGUCAGAGCCAUAUCACUUGUCCUGGGGCGGAAGAGGGUAGGGUAUGCGUUUCUCUGGACCAGAAUGUUGCUGUACUGACUUCCUAAAAAUGAGCAAACAUAUGGUUCGGCUCCUACAUACAAGAUCAUGUAACUCGGCGGCCUGUACAUGGAAACUCUAUGUAGCCACACCUGCCGAUGCGCAGAGGUGUUUUGAAGCAGCUAAGUACAAUGUACUUAAAGUUUAUCAAAAGUGGGUUGAAAAUGU